AUGGCAGUCGGAUCCAGCGCUACAAAGGAAAAUCUUCUGGAUGUUAGCUUUGCUGGAAAGCAGAAUUCUACCUCGGCGUUACGGAGUGCGGCCACAAAGCCACCGUGUGAUCUAUGGCGACAGACAGACUCCCGCGUCAAAUGUCCCAACCUUGGUCCUCAGUGGUCCCAAGAUUUCCCAACUCGCUCGAAAGGGCCUGCACCAUUGAAACCCAUUACAAUUGCCCAUGGAUAUGGAAUGGGGCCAAAGGCAGUCUCACCAGUGAUUCAUUCAUCGUUCAAGCCCGACCGGAAAACGUGCACUCGCGUCGCGACGCGACCGCCGCUCUCAAGACGUACAACAUUGGCCACAAGGGCCGUAUUUUCAAUCACGGGGGUGGUCGUAGGUGAUGCCGCUGUCUUCGGUCGUCUCUGUCUGACGGAGUCUGUGCAUCCAAUGGACAAGUUCAACGAGCGCGCUGUGGCGGUUAUCACCGACCACAACAGCCACACGUCCCAGGCUGCCAUUGACAGUUACGAAAUUUGUGUCCCUGUCAUUGUGGGCAUUCCUGAUGCCACCAACGGCUAUCCACAGCUGCGUGAGCAAAUGAAGUUCACGGAUGUGGUAGCCAUGACUCCGUUUUGUCGCACGGUGGGCGAAGCAGAGGAGGUGUUGCAGGUGUUGGCAGAUCAUGGACUGCAGGUUCAUUCAAUAUUUGAGACUUCGUCAAACAUUGUCCUGGCGGAGCAGUUCCUGGCGCACUUUGAUGCGUUCUCGAUCGGGUUGAAAGAUCUCACGCAGCUGACUCUGGGGUUUAUUGUAACUCGGAUGGGUUAG